UGAUACGCAAGCUAACUCAGGAAGGUUCCAAAUCCCCAACUUGCAUUCACGGUCCCCGCACCCUCCUCUGUUUUUCCACCCACUACUUAUACCCCGCCUUCUCUUCUAUCUUCAUUCUUCACUUUUAUUCCAAAAGAUUUAAAACCCUUUCCUUUUUUAAUCAUCAAAAUUUCCUUAAACCCUUCUUUUCUUGACCUCUUCUGAUCCUGCUUUAAUAGUUCCCUUCCUUAAUUUUGCUUUCAAGAAAUGUGUGGCGGUGCUAUAAUCGCUGGUUUCAUUCCCCGGAACCGUGGCCGCCGUGUCACCGCUUCUGACAUCUGGCCCAACUCCUCUUUCGCUAACAUCGAUGGCUUUAGCUGUGAUCCGAGUAAAGCCGACCUUGAUGACUCACUUUCCCAAUUGAAAAGAUCCCAACCCCAACCUUUCCUGCCCUUAGGUGAUGAGCAAGUGGAGAAAAAAGCGAAGAGGCAGAGAAAAAACCUGUACAGAGGCAUAAGGCAACGACCUUGGGGCAAAUGGGCAGCAGAGAUUCGCGACCCGAGAAAAGGAGUUCGUGUUUGGCUUGGCACUUUCAACACUGCUGAGGAAGCAGCCCGCGCUUAUGACAGAGAAGCUCGCAAAAUCAGGGGCAAGAAAGCCAAAGUUAAUUUCCCCAACGAAGAUGACGCUUUCUCCACUCAGUAUAAUCCCAACAUCCAUCUAAUAAAAGAUAACCAUAACUCAACUGCUGCCUGGAAUCCCAGCCCCAAUUCAAAUCCUUCUAUUUAUCAACAGCCCCAAAACAAUAAUCUCAGUAAUUAUGGAUUUAAUUAUGACUUGAAUGAAAUUGGCGGUUAUGCAACUGAUCCAAUUGUUAUAUCCGGAGAGGAAGAUUUAGGGUCUGGUUCAGAGGGGGCCUACUCUGGUGAUCAGAAUGUGAAUUUUCGUUGCGUCCCGGUAAAGGAAGAAGAGAAACGAGAAGAGCCAGUGAAUAAGGCUAUGGUGGAAGUUCAAGAAGAAGAGAACGAAGUGCAGAAACUGUCCGAGGAGCUGAUGGCAUACGAGAAUUACAUGAAAUUCUAUCAAAUUCCUUAUCUGGAUGGGCAAUCACCGACCCAAAAUAGCGUAGCUCCGCAAGAGAGUGUUGUCGGUGAUCUUUGGAGCUUUGAUGAUGAUGGCAUUGCUGUUCCAGUGACAUCAACGGCUUUGUGAUGCCAUUGGUUUACUUUUUCCUUUUUACUUGGUUGAUGGUUUGGGUGUUGUAAAUAGGGUGAAUUGAUGAUUUCUGGUCAUUAAUUCUUGCUUUUUUCUUUCUUAAUGAUGUAGUGUAAGUUUAAUUUUGUUAAUUAGGAUUUAGACUAACUUUUAUGUAAUUCCCAAAUUUGUUUAAAAUCAUGAAAUACAAUUGUAAUCGAAUGCUAUUUACUUGCUGGUUUUCACCUCACU